CCACCUUCUACCUGAAACCCACCGCGACACCACACAUGCCGACACCGCAACUACGCUCAUCGUAACCUGAAGACCCUCUGCAUACCCUCAUCCAAGGACCAUACCCUCCUCCCAUCAGGCGCCUGGAAUGCCCGUGGCCUUCUCCGCGUUUUUGCCAGAUCACCAUGUCUGACGAUGCUUUGGCUUCACCUACCGUCGAAAGACCCGGUUCGCCUUCACCAUGGGUCUCACCCUCACUCGCCAUAGGAGCAUGUCCGCCGCUGGACCGCUCCAUUUCAACGGCAUCCUCAGUUUCCUCCGUCUCUGGUCGAUCCUCCAGCUCGCGCCUCUCCGAUAGCGGAUUACCAGGCAGGCGGCGGGGCUAUAUGCGACCAGAAGGCACAAAAUUUGCAGACUCGGCUAGGAAUCGAGAGAGCGUUCAGAACCUCGGUACUAUUGCGCAUCUGCAGUACUAUUUUGCGCGAACGGGCUUGCUGGACGGGAAAGGGGCACAACUGGCCAAGGCACGAAAGUCUGGAGGUGGAAGCGGCUCCGAGUCACCAUCCGGUGCGGUGGAAAGCAUGUCCCCUUUAACCAUGCUUUCGGAUAGGGACGCGGCAUUCGAUAGGUCAGAGCUUCUGCUGGGUGACUCGCAGAUUGGGGAUGGGCUUGUGGAGAGCCCAAUCGACCAAGAGGAUGGAUCGAGCAGCUGGGGUGAUUAUCAGGAGCCCAUGAUGCUCCCUCCGACCGUCAGCACGUACAAAAACACGCCCGUUUACGUCCCGCCGCCGCCAGAUAUGGUGGUCUUGAGAAGAGAACUACGGGAAGCUAUGGUCGACGCACUGCAGCUACUAAAGGAACUGGACAAGGCAAGCGGAGGGAAUAAAGAUGGUGCUACCGCAGGUGCUGCUGUUGAGACGGAGACACAAGGGUGGUACGAGAUACAGGGCCUGCAUUUCCUCGACAUUGUCACACUUGCUAUCCGAGCCGCCAAAAAUUAUUACACCGCACACGAACAGCCGCAACGUUUAUACUCGAUCAAGUCCGAGCGACAGAUCCGGAAGGAAUUGUACGAAGUCCUAGAUAUCCUCAAGCGCAUAGCCACACGCAAUUUCGCUGGGGGUGUGAAACCCCUUGAGCGGGAGGCGAUCCUGACAUGGGCGUCCGGAAUCGGGAGGCUUCUCGACACAGAAGAAGAAAAGGAGAGGGUUGAGAUUGAGGAGCGGGAGAAGUGGAGAUGGCGGGAAGGUGACUGGAGCGGCAAGGAGCGAGAUCGAGAGGUGCUCUUCUUGCGCUCUUUCGACCCUGAUUCCGAGGAGCUUCCAGACUGGACAGAGCCAACAGAAGGAGUCGAAUUGCCAACGCCGUUCCUCAAAUCACUGCAAAAUGGCCUGCGUCUCGUUCAUCUCCACAACGCGCUAAACAAGAAGUCCCGCCGGCAGUUCGAGGAGAUCAAACACUACCACACGGACACGGCUAAACCAUACCGAUGCGCAGACAAUUUGCGAUACUGGAUCAAGGCAGCCCAGCUGAGAUGGGACGUCAAGCUUGACCUGCUUGACGUGGAUGUAAUGGCUGUGGUACACGGCGACGACGCAGCCGCAUGGAGGAAAUUUGACGAGGCCCUGCUCAAGUGGUGCAAAGGCGUACGAGAAGAGAUCAUCGCAGAGUGGCAAGAGCACAGAAAAGCCUCGCAGUCGAAAACACCCACGCUUCGGACCUCGUUCGCAGCAUAAAGGUGGCUGGUCUGAGACUCAGUACGACGUUAUUGGACCGCAACGACUAUCGGUUGGCCUGCAUGGCGGGCCGAGGUACGAGUAGGGUUUUGAGCACAGCGGAGGCAUUGAAAUUGGCGAUGUUGCAUCUUUUCUUUCCAGACAGCUGUCUGAUGACACAGGCAUUUGCCGUUUAUUAGCACCCACAGUUUGAAGAUACCCCUACAGCAUCUUAUUAUUUCCAUAGCGCGGACGGAACAUUCUCCAAUCAAUCUAAAUGCCAGAGAAAAGGCAAAAUGAAUCAGAAUAGGUCGCGACGUUCACAGUUGCUGUGAACCAUACGGC